UUAGGUUUUUCUCAAGGAUUGAGAACAAUGAAUAAAAAGUUUUUGGCUUUUGAAAAAGAGCAUAUGCAAACUGAUGUUGCAUUUUCUUUUUCUACUGAUAAUGUUAUGGAGUCCACCCCAACAUUUGAAACAAGUUUCUCUCAAGGAUGGAGAACAACAGAUAAAAUUGUUUUGGCUCAUGAGAAAGAGAGUUUGCAUUCUGAUAUUCCAAUUUCUCCUAUUGAACAAGUUAAACAGUUUGCCCAAACAGCUGAAACAAGUUCAUGUGCUACUGGAAUGGAUAAAAAGGUUCGAGGAAGUAACAAGUGCAAAGAAGUUGCAUCGCUUGAUAUUGGACAAAAGCUAAAAGUGACAUUUUACAAUAAUCGAACAGUUGGGAAGAAUAGUAAUCUAUUUUUGAGGCACUUGGGAAAAAUAGUUUGUGAUCGUAAUAUAUGUCCGUUGGGAGUAUCAUCAUGGAAACACAUUAAGGAGGAAAAGCUAAAUCACAUGUGGGCUGUUGUUAAGGAUAAAUUUGAUAGUGAUGACAUGAAUAGUCAUCGAGAUCAUGUUUUGGGGUGGAUGAAAGAGUUAUGGAAUAAAUGGAGAGGUCAAUUGCAUGCAAACUAUGUGAAGGGUAAGCCUAUACAAGAGGCUCUUAAGAAUAUACCUAAGGGGGUAGAAAAGAAGCAAUGGGAGUGGUUGGUAAAAGAACAUUUUACUUCAAAAGAUUUUCAGGCUCAAAUUCAAGAAUUGGUGGAGUCUGAACCAUCACUUUCUAGCAUAGAAAUUGUUGAGAAAUGCUUUGGACCUCAAAGUCGUAGUCAUGUAUUUGGCUUUGGAGGUGGAGUAAAAGCAAGAGAUUUGAAAGGUGGGGCUUCCUCAAAACCUGAAUUGUUGGCUGAGCUACGUUCAACUCAAAAAGAAAAUCAGUCUUUGAAGGAUUGCAUAUCUAACUUUCAAAAUGAGAUGAAAGAAUUAAAGCAAUUGAAAGAAUUUUUUUUAGCGCAACACCCUAAUUUCCAGCCUCCAAUUCAAGAGAAUGACUAUUCGGAUACUUGAUGAUACCAU